GAAAACGGAUCGUUGCACUUUAUCAAAGAAACGCUGAAAUCCGUAAAAUAAUUAAGUUUUCUAUGGAUCUAAAGUAAUUAAAUAAUCAGUACUUAUUAAUUUUAAUCAUGUUCUGGAGCGGGAACUAUAUAGCUGUGAGGGAGCUAAAUUCCUUGCUCAAAGAAGAGAAUGUGACGCUCAGUCAGGUGCUGGAGGCAGAUGAUGUCCUGCAGGAGUGCAAAGCGGAUAACAAGGCACUCAUACAGUUCCUCACACGUCCAGACAUCCUAGCGGAGCUGGUAACACUCAUCACAGAGGAGCCCCCCAAGAAUGUGGAGCUCAGCCUCCAGUACCGGCACGCCUCCAUAGCCUGUGAGGUCCUCACGUCCCAGCUCCCUACGCUCUCGGACCGGCUGUCCAUGGACACGGUGCAGAUGCACAGGCUCUGUGACUUCAUCAAUAGGGAGCCUCCGCUGAACCCGCUGCUGGCGUCAUACUUUAGUAAAACUAUUGAGAUGCUGCUUGACAGGAGUCCUAAACAGGACUGGUACUUAUACCAUAUCGUGUGCCUUCGCGUCCUGGACUUCCUUAAGGCGCGGCGCGACUUCCUACCCAAUCUGCUGCGGCACUUGCAUACCUCCGCGGUGUUGGACGCGCUCAAAUGCUUCAUACGGCUUAAUGAUCUCUUCAAUAAGCUCAUUAUGGAGUGGCUAGAAGAGCACCAGUUCCUCGAAGCCCUGAUCGCGAUCAUCUGCGGCACGUACGAGCCGCCGCCCCUCGCGCCGCGCGCGCCGCCCUGCGAGCUCGAGAAAGGCCAACAGGAGGAGAGUGAGAAAGCGGAGAAGGAGGCCGUUGAGAAGGGGGACCUGGACGCGCAAGAUAAAGAAGUACGAGAAGGCCUACCGACGUCUGAGCAGGCGACGGGCGACAAUGCACAGGCUGAAGCGGAAGCGGAGGCGAAAGCGGAGCGGGCGGCGGAGCGAGUUCGCGCCAUCGCCGCCGCCAACGCGGCCGCUCUGCUUACUGACAUCAUCCUUAAUGGUUGUGCGGCUGAUUACAGCCAGGUUUCGCCCGCAGGGAAUACAAGGUCCCGCACGGCGCAGGCGCUGGUGGCGCGGGUGACGUCCCCGCGCGGCGUGGGCGCGCUGCUGCAGGGCGUGUUCACCAGCCCCGGCCCGGCGCGCCGCCACGCGCUGGUGCACGGCGCCAGGCUACUGCUGGCCAUGAGGGAGGACCAGGACUACAACGCCGAACAGGGUGGGUCAGGAGGGGCCAGCACUCGUAACGGCGUGGAGUUGGCUGUGGCGCCGCAUUUGCCGCUUCUACACACGGCGCUGCUGCAGCCACCUGAACCUUAUAUGCAUGAGCCGUCAUCAUGGGAAGCGCCGACGGACGGCGGCGGGGGCACCGCCGUGAGCGCCGCGGGCGACGCCGCCGUCACCACCGAGGUGCCCGCGCCCGAGCGAGGCGACCCCGCACCGCUCUCCGAGGCAACUGCUCCGCACGAGGCGACUCCACCGCACGAGGCACCGGCGCCACUCGCGGAGGCAAACGUCAAACCUGCCGAGCCAUCUGAGGGAUCUACCGAGGCAACGGCGGAGGCUAAAGAGACGUCAGCUACGGAAGUGCCGACGGAGGCGCCUAAACCUCCUCCCGCCCCGCGAGUGGCGGUGGGCGCGGCGCGUCUACAGGUUGCAGCAUUGCUGGCGGCAUUGUGUGGCUCGGAGGUGGAUGAAGUCGCUUCCACUAUGCUUACACUAGGUACCCCGGGCGUUCUUAUUGACAUGUUCUUCGCGCACCCGCACAACAACUUCCUCCACGCGCAGGUCAUGGUCAUGGUCCGGAACGCGCUCACCAACCGCGCUUACAGGACGCAGUACGCCCGACACAUAUUGGACGAGUGCGACUUAUUCAACAGACUAAUGGAUAUUUAUGAAGAAAAUGAAACGAACAGGGGUACGGCGAGCAGUCCCCGAGCCGGCUACAUGGGCCACGUGGUGCGGCUACUGCGGACGAUCGCUCCCACGCUAGAGGAACGGACUCCGGCCGCGGAACGAUGGGCGGCGUCUUCCAUAGAAUCGCUUAUUAAACAACUCGAUACGCCUCUGGGGUACGGCGAGCAGCCCCGAGCCGGCUACAUGGGCCACGUGGUGCGGCUACUGCGGACUAUCGCUCCCACGCUAGAGGAACGGACUCCGGCCGCGGAACGAUGGGCGGCGUCUUCCAUAGAAUCGCUUAUUAAACAACUUGAUACGCCACUGGGGUACUGCGAGCAGCCCCGAGCCGGCUACAUGGGCCACGUGGUGCGGCUACUGCGGACGAUCGCUCCCACGCUAGAGGAACGGACUCCGGCCGCGGAACGAUGGGCGGCGUCUUCCAUAGAAUCGCUUAUUAAACAACUUGAUACGCCACUGGGGUACGGCGAGCAGCCCCGAGCCGGCUACAUGGGCCACGUGGUGCGGCUACUGCGGACGAUCGCUCCCACGCUAGAGGAACGGACUCCGGCCGCGGAGCGAUGGGCGGCGUCUUCCAUAGAAUCGCUUAUUAAACAACUUGAUACGCCACUGGGGUACGGCGAGCAGCCCCGAGCCGGCUACAUGGGCCACGUGGUGCGGCUACUGCGGACGAUCGCUCCCACGCUAGAGGAACGGAUUCCGGCCGCGGAACGAUGGGCGGCGUCUUCCAUAGAAUUGCUUAUUAAACAACUCGAUACGCCACUGGGGUACGGCGAGCAGCCCCGAGCCGGCUACAUGGGCCACGUGGUGCGGCUACUGCGGACGAUCGCUCCCACGCUAGAGGAAAGGACUCCGGCCGCGGAACGAUUGGCGGCGUCUUCCAUAGAAUCGCUUAUUAAACAACUUGAUACGCCACUGGGCGGCUACUACCCCUCUGACAACACGUAUGAAGUCGAGCCGGAGGGCAUGGUCGAGGUGGAGACUCGUCUGUACAAUCUCUCUAAUGUGAGUAAUACUAAUUACAGCGACUUCGCGACCGAUGAAGAUUUGAGUGAGGUUGCGUCGUCGGCCAACAUGAAUAAGUUUUUGGAGCUGUCCAACCAGCGCAUGUGCGACCAAUCAGACAUGUGGGACGACGCGCCAGAAGGCGAAGCGGAGGAGGAAAGAGACAGAGAUAGGGAAGACGACGCGGGGGAAAAGGACGACGACGACGGCGAGGCGAGAGCCACCGUGCACGACGUCCUUGCUCCUGUUAGCCCCGUGAGUAUACAGUGCGGGAGGGAAGGGGACAGAGAUAGGGUAGACGACGCGGGGGAAAAGGACGACGACGACGGCGAGGCGAGAGCCACCGUGCACGACGUCCUUGCUCCUGUCAGCCCAUGGGAAAGCUCGUUCGAGGAAUCCAACAUGGCGGGCGAGGGCUGGGCGCAGUUCUCGGCCGACGCGUUCGGCGCCCCGAUCGACCCGUUCGCCAACACCGACGCGUUCGCCAAAUCAGACGCGUUCGCUAACGACGCGUUCGCCAAGUCGGACGCGUUCGCUAACGACGCGUUCGAGAAAGACGCGUUUGCGAGUGCUGCGUUUAAGAAGGAAUUCGAUGCGUGGCGCUAUCAAGAUAAGGGGGAUGAUGUAAACGGUACUAGCGGUGUAGAGCAAUCCCUCCACGACCUACGGCUCGAUGCUAUGGAUAAACCACUAGAUGAAUUAAGCAGCUCUCUGGCCGACAACCUCCGUACCGCUAUGAGCUCUAUGACGCCCGAGGUAAUAGCAAACAUCGUGAACGCAAACAUGACGCCCGCGCUCGACGUUCCGCUUGACGUACCCAACGCGUCCAACCCCACAGAUGCGUCCAACGCGUCCAACACCAAGGAAACGUCCAGCACGUCCAGCACGCCCAGCACCGCCAACGAACCAUCCAACACACCAAGUGAAAGUGAAAAAGUCAGUGAUAAUGAUUCUAAAGAUCAAAAUCAGGUUCAAGACCCCUCCGAGAGCUGAUCCUCUCGUGGUGCGUAGUUUUCAGUGGCGGAGCGUCCGUAACUCGACUCCGCGGAGGGAGUUGGGUGCAAUCCUACAGGUAUCGAAGCCACAUUAUCGGCUUGGCAUGACGCGUCGCCACUGGUGGGUCGAGGGCCCCCUAUCGGCAAUACGUAGUAAAAAUGGAACACAGAAAAAUGAUAGUGAUAGGUUUUCACCACUUUCGAGUCUCAGGGUUCUAAAUUUGCCAGCCAAAAAGCGUCUUUGUGGUUUGAAAUUUAGAAUUUAAUUUUGCUCGAGAGCUUAAAAACCAUAUUGGUAUCUUGUGUCUAUUUUCACUUCGAGCGCCAUAGACCCUCGGUCGGCAAAGAUGCAAUACUUAAUCCCUUGUAACUCUGAGCCAUAAAUGUAUGACUCGUUUGGUCCUAGGCAUGGUAUCUUUGCAUGCUUUACAGCAUUUAUCUGAAUAAGGUAACCAUUAGUAAUUCUUAUUGCAAUGUGAUAAGGUCUUCUAAUGGGCACUCUUGUUAAUCUGCGAGUCUUUCUUUGUAUACAGUAAGCUGCAGAGAUUGAUGACCUCCCUGCAAACAAGUUUUUUAUCAGCUUACUGUAUUCUUAAAAAUCUGAAAUAGCACCAGCUUCGCACAUAGCCAAUAACGUUUUAUAUCGAUAUUUUUAACACCUGCCUUAGACUUGACGUGUCAUACAUUUAUCAUUCCAAUUUGGCAAUAUUUCGCUAUGUAUAGCUGACUAUUGGCUGUGUUUCUAAUUAUAAUAUACCUGGGAACAGUAGGGCUGCGGCGGGUCCGAGCCUAGAGCCUUGCGGUACUCCGUGCGACAGGCGACGAUAAAUUAAACUUUAUUGCUUUGUCAGAAGGUUUCUUUUUCUGUGUUUUUAUUUAUAACUAUAAAUUGUUUUGUGUUGAUACGAAUUGGUACAAUAUUUUGGUCAUGGUCAGAUUUUUACUUCUAUUAACAAGAAAUCAAACAAUGAGAUAAUUUGGAAAAAGCUAUAACAACAUAACUUAGGAAAAAUAUUUUUUCCGUUUGGAACUUAAAGUAACAAAAAAAAAACAGUUGAUUCGGUCUUUCGACCAAUCAUAAAAUGGCCGAAUUACCUAUUUAAGUGUUUUUUCUUUGCAAUAUUUUAAAAUCCGAAUAGACUAUACUUAAAACGCAGGUAAUGCUUAUCAAUAAAAUUAGUUUUUCUUUAAUUUUUCCAAGUCUCGUCGCACGGCACGUCCGUGUGUAGUCGAUCAACGUUUGUAUAUAAAUGUAUAGGUGUAACAAAUAAUAUGGGCAAUUGAAUCGAGCUUUAUAUUUGUAAAUAUUUGGCACGGCUAGGCCGCAAACGAGCUUCACGAUGACGUAAUACUUUAACGGGUAGCUUUUGAACGCCAUAUGUUGAAAAUGUCACUCAUACGCCAACAUCAUAGGAGCAAUUUAACAUAAACCUUAUUUGAAAGCGUGAAGGCUAUAAUGAAAGCGUAAGCCGUAAAAGCCCCUGUACACAAUGGCCCAGCGUGGGCCAGUCUGGGGGACGCAUUUAUAUUGCUAUCUCAUUCUAAG